AUGGGUGCCCAACAGUCUUCUGAAAGCUCCGGUGCUACUGGUCCUACGCCUGUUGCAAAGACUUGUUACUAUGAACUGCUACAUGUUGAGCGUUCUGCCACAGAUGAUGAGAUCAAGCGAGCCUACCGUCGAAAAGCUCUCGAGCUGCAUCCUGAUCGCAACAUCAACGAUGUCGAGACAGCCACACGCCGCUUUGCCGAAGUCCAGUCCGCUUAUGAAAUCCUCUCGGAUCCUCAAGAGAGAGCUUGGUAUGACUCGCACCGAGAUGCCAUCUUGAGUGGGAGGGACGGCGCCGACGGCGAUGGGCAGCCUGCUACUUUCCGCAAUGUGCGACUUACGUCGGCUGAGGAAAUUAUGGGCUUAAUUCGCAAAUUCAAUGCCGCCGUCCCCUUUGACGACGAACCAACGGGCUUUUACGGAAUAUGCAGGGAGACUUUCGAGCAUUUGGCCAUGGAAGAGGAAGCUGCUGCAGAUAACGACGACCUCGACGUUCAAGAGUACCCAACUUUUGGUUCUUCCGAUGAUGACUAUGAGGACGUUGUGAAACCCUUCUAUACUACCUGGGCUGGCUUCUCGACUGUCAAAUCAUUCGCAUGGAAGGAUAAAUAUCGACUUUCCGAUGCCCCGGACCGCCGUGUCCGCCGUUUGAUGGAGAAGGAAAACAGAAAGCUGCGCGACGACGCGAUACGCGAGUUUAACGACGCUGUAAACUUCCUUGUAGGAUUUGUGCGUAAGCGCGAUCCUAGAUAUUUGCCCAAUUCUCAGUCGCACGAUGAGCGUCAAUCUUCGCUUCGCAACGCCGCUGCUGCCCAGGCCGCUCGGUCGCGUGCUGCAAACCAGGAGCGCAUUGCUGUAUUUGAGGUUCCAGAGUGGGCACAGGCUCGAUCCGACGACAAUGGAGCUGAAGGAGGUUUCACAGAAUCUGAAGAAGAAUCGGAAGUCGAGAUUCUAGAGUGUGUCGUGUGCAACAAGACGUUCAAGAGCGAGAAGCAGCUAGAAGCGCACGAGAAGAGCAAAAAGCACAUCAAGGCAGUUCAGCAGUUGCGAUGGCAAAUGAAGCGUGAAGGUGCUGACUUGCAACUUGACGAGGUACCACUUACCCACGAAGGUGCAGAUAAAUGCAAGGCCCAGAAUGAUGUUACCCAAGAGGAAAACACCAACGGCCAAGGCUCAACGAAUCUGGCGCAAUCUAUAACUGUUUCGCCUUCCCCCGAAGACGUAUCACCAAAGGCGGCGCCAGCAGACUCAGCAGACUCGGCAGACGAUACCGAUUAUGCACCUAGGGAUGUUGUCGAGGAGCGUAUAAGUUCUGCUAGCAAGGAUAAUAUCGAUGAAGAAACUGUAUUAUCAGCGUCUGUCAAUGAUCUAUCUGUCGACGAGCCUGCUAAGGGGAAGAAGAUUGGGAAGGCCAAGGCAAAACGGGCGAAGAAGGCUGCAGCUGUACAGACACAACAAGAUGAGUCGGCCACAGUCACAAUGUGGAGUAUGUGGUGA